UAAAUCUGAAAAGACGGUUUCUGCUCCAACGUCGAAUAACUCGAUGAUAAAAAAUCUUUACCGUGAUGUAAGAUUUUUUAGCAUAGAUUAAAAAAAAAGAUUCGAAAUCAGAUUAUCAGUAUAUUCAGAACGAAUCACCGGUUCUAUAAAUUAUUCGUUCUGAAUACCAAUGUUACAGUAAUAAGCAGGCAAGCCUAUUCGAUGAAUACGUAGCAACGUACUUUCUGAUAGCGAGAGAAAUAAAAGGCACACGACGGCCACGGUUCUAAUCACAUUUGCGCGAAAGACGUGGUCACGAAGAGCGGCGCUUCAGUAUCGGUCCGGUUUUUGAAGAAAUAUGGCGGAUGUCGAGUUAGCAAAAGCUCUGAAGGAUCUACCGAAUCGUGUUCAGACCGCCAGCAAGAAGGAGCGGCGUGAGGUUCUGCAAAAUGUCGUCAACGUGUUGUCAAAUCCCGGCAUCAACGAGAAAAUUGUCAACGGAGUAUGCAAGGUUCUAUCACUUACCUUACAUAGGUACAAAGACAGUGCUUCGCAAUCCUACGUGAGAAACUUGAUCGUGGAAUUGCUGAAGAAACAACCGGAGGCAACUGUCAAACAUAUGACAGCUGUGAUCACAGAACAAGCCACUUGGCAUAAGAAUGUGGUCGCCACUUUGAAUACCUCUCUAACUGCAUAUAUUGCAUUGAAAUGGUCGACUUUAGUUAUUCUUCAUGGAUAUAACGAAGAGACGGAUACUACCCAGACUUUACCGAAACUUAUCGAAGCUCAGGCGAAUCUAUCCGCCGCAGCUGUGGCGUCCACCGACGAGAGACUCUCGAACAAGGUAUACACGUUACUUGCUCAUGAAUGGACAUCCAUAAAAAAUAUAGAGAUCAUAUACAUGGAAAACUUAACGAAAUUGGAAGUCGGGAAUGGCACGAUAAUUUUGGCCAGCUUGCUCACCAAGUAUCUAGUUGCCUCCAAAUGGAACGACCUGGUGGAGCGGUUGAAGGUAAACAUGAUCGACGUGUUUAUCAAAGUGGCCAUCAGUUGCAAGAAAAAACCAGACUUGUACGUGGUCGACGUGGCCGUGCCGCUUCUUCGACGGUUGACCCACGAGGAAUUCAAGAAUCAGUUGCUGCCCGCUCUGCAAAAGGCCAUGUUGCGGAAUCCGGAGAUCAUCAUCGAGUCGGUCGGGCACAUAUUGAACGGGUUGAGCCUCGACCUGAGUCAAUAUUGCCAGGAGAUCAGCAAAGGGCUGUUCGCCAAUCUGCACUCUAAGGAGGACUCGGUCCGCGACAAUGCGGUCGGAGCGUGCCGCAAGCUCGCCCUGCAGUGUUCCGACACCACGGCUCUGGAGACGCUGUUGUCAUCGGUAUUCGCGGUGUUCCACGGGUCCGAGGGCAAGCUUACGGUGGCGACCCACAAGAUCUCCGUGCUGCAGGGUGCCGGCAAUCUCAGCUACAACGCGGCCUCGGGCAACAGCGUGCAGAAACUGGCGGAGACCGCGUGCGAGCACUUCGUCAAGGUACUGGAGACGGAGGUGCACGAGAAAACGCUGAUACACGCCCUGGAGAUGAUGGCUCUCUGGUCGAAGAAGUUCUCGUCCAACGUGCCCAAGAGCGUGGUGGACGCGUUCAAGAAGGGUAUGGCAGCGAAAACGUCCACCGCCGCAGUGCGCACCGCCUACAUCAAGCUGUUCUUCUCGACCCCGGCGACCUCUUACGCGGAGGUGAUAGCGCCGACCCUGGCCCAGGCGAUAAGCCGGGCUAUGCAGCAGUGCGCACAGCCGACCGCGGUGACCGAGGGCCUGGUCGCCUCCUACCUCCUGCUGAAGUUCGUGCUGGCCGACCAGGUGGAGAACGACAAGCAGAGCGUGCUAUGGAGCGCGAUCGACGAACAGAUCUUCUUCUCGGAGAAGUUUCUGUCGACCUGCGGCGACGACAUCCUCUACCACCUGAUGCUGCUCUGCGAACGUCUCGUCGGCGAGUUCUCCGACCGGCUGAACGAGAAGGCGUUGAACGGCGUCCACCGCGCCAUCGUGUCCUGCGCGACCGCGCCGAAUUCCACCACGAGGCAACGCUGUUACCCGCUGGUGAAGAAAGUCGUGACCGGCCUGAGCACGUACGCGCCGGCUCAGGCUCUGCUGGCGGAGUUCAGCAAGUUCCUGGAGAACGUGAAGAUCAAGUCGGAAACGGACAAGGAGAGCAGGGAGGAGUCGUCGAUGGGCGAGAUCACCGGCCGGUGCCUCGCGGACGGCCUGUUCGCCCUGUGCUCCGGCUCCUUCCUCUUCGACGUCCCCGCCAUGCAGAUGACCCGAGACGCUCUGCUUCCGUCCCACCACCCGGCCCUGCUCAAGGCCGUGCCGAAUCUCUGGUACAAGAUAGCCAAGAACUACGGCCUCAUGCCCAAGGACUUUCUGCGCAGCUACAGCAGCGAGGUGCGGAAGAUGCUGGUGCAGAAUUACAGACCGGUGGCGAAUUACGAGAACGCGCUGGUCAGGGUGGUCUCCUUGGCGCCGGACGCCUUCCUGCCCGCGUUAGUGUCGAACGUGACCAGCAAGCUGGACGACCCGGAGAUCCUGAGGGUCAGCAAGGACGAGUACUUCACGUACCUCACGCCCGAGGGCGAGCUCUACGACAAGAGCGUGUUGCCGGUGAACGACGAGAACGACAUUCUCAACUCGAUGAACAUGAAGAGGGAGAGCAAGGUCUACUCGUUCAAGGAGCAGCAGGAGGAGCUCCAGCUGAGGCGCGAGCUGUACGAGAAGCGGAAGAGGGAGGGCAAAAUCAAGGAGCCGAAGCUGACGCCGAAGCAGGAGGAGGUAUUGAAGGCGCAGAUCGCCAAAGAGAACGGUAUUCGCAGGAGAUUGACCGAGUUGAAGGCCAAGAUCGACACCGCGGUGUCUCUAGUCACGUGCUCGAUACGCGGCAAUCGGCAGGAGUUGUCCCUCUACCUGAAGGACCUGCUGCCGUCGAUCCUGAAGAACCUGGGCUCCCCGUUGGCCGCGCCGGAAAUGGCCGAGCUCUUCCUGUCGCUCCGUCAGACGGUGACGAUAGACAACAGCGCGAUCUUGGGCGACCUGAUCGCCCACGUGACACUGCGGCAGCUGCAGCCGCAGUGCGACCUGGACCCGGCCUGGGAGGAAGAGGACCUCGACGUGACGGUGAAGAGAACGUUGAACCUGAUCCACACGGUGACGAUCAAGAGGAAGGAGCUGUUCACCGCCUCCGCCUUCUGCUACGUGUUCCCGUUCGUGAGGAAGACCCUGUUGACGUACAAGGACGAGGGUAUGAUCGUGCAGGGGCUGCAACUGAUUCAGGAACACGCCAAGCAGAGAGGCAGCACCGGCGAGCUGAAGGACCCGAGGCACCCCAGACUCCUGCCUCGCAAGCAGAUGUUCGACCUGCUGAUCGAACUGAUGGAGAAAACCACCAGCCGGGUGCAGUCUCACGCGGUCGCCACCCUGUUGGACGUCGCGCACUCCGGCAGCGGGCAACCCGGCACCGCGAUCGCCACCAGCGAGGACAUAGACUCGCUGAUAGGCGCGUUGCAGAACUCGCUGUCCACCGUGAGGGACGCCGCGCUGCGGGGCCUGAUGGUGAUACGACAGGCCUUCCCGUCCCACAAGGAGGAUCAGGAUCAGCUGGACAGGCUCACCAGGAGGGUGUGGAUCGCCCGGUUCGACGUCAGCGACGAGAACAAGAUCCUCGCGAACGAGCUGUGGAACGAGGCCGAGUUGGCCGCGCAGGCGGAGGUCCUCUGCGACGAGCUGAUCCAGGACAUCGCCCAUCCGGUGGAGCCGGUGCAGCAGGCGGCCGCGUACGCGUUGGCCCAGUGCCUGGCGACGGUGCCGCACCUCACGCCGUCCGUCUUGGACAAUCUGCUGCAGCUCUAUCAGGAGAAGCUGGCCAUGAUACCGCCGAAGCUGAACGACUUCGGCCGCGUGAUCGAGCAGCCGAUCGACACGUGGGGCCCUCGGCGCGGGGUGGCGCUCGCCUUGGCGCAGGUCGCGCCGCUCCUCACCGCCGACACGAUCCACCGGCUGGUGCAGUUCUUCGUCUCGACCGGCUUGGGCGACAGGAACCAGUCGGUGCGCACGGAGAUGCUGACCGCCGCGGUCGCCGCGGUCGAUCUUCACGGUAAGGUGAACGUGACCUCGCUCUUGCCGGUGUUCGAGGAGUUCAUGGACAAGGCGCCGAAGAUCGGCAGCUUCGACUCGAUCAAGCAAUCGGUGGUGAUCCUGAUGGGCUCCUUGGCGAGGCACUUGGACAAGGACGACCCGCGCAUCAAGCCUAUCGUGAUGCGGCUGAUAGCCGCGCUCUCCACUCCGUCGCAGCAGGUGCAAGAGGCCGUGGCGAACUGCUUGCCGCACCUGGUGCCGUCCAUCAAGGAGGAUGCGCCGAAGAUCGUGGAUAACCUGAUGGACCAGUUGCUCAAGUCGGACAAGUACGGCGAGCGCAAGGGCGCGGCCUACGGGCUGGCGGGUAUCAUCAAGGGCAUGGGGAUCCUCGCGCUCAAGCAGCUGGACAUCAUGACCACGUUGACGAACGCGAUCCAGGACAAGAAGAACUACCGGCACCGCGAAGGGGCGCUCUUCGCCUUCGAGAUGCUGUGCACGAUGCUCGGCAGGCUGUUCGAGCCCUACAUCGUUCACGUGCUGCCGCAUCUGCUCCUGUGCUUCGGCGAUUCCAGUCAGUACGUGAGAUCCGCGACCGACGACACCGCGCGGGUGGUCAUGAGCAAGCUCUCCGCCCACGGCGUCAAGCUCGUGCUGCCCAGCCUGCUGGCGGCUCUGGAGGAAGACUCGUGGAGGACGAAAACGGGAUCCGUCGAGUUGCUGGGCGCGAUGGCGUACUGCGCCCCGAAACAGCUGAGCAGCUGUUUGCCGAGCAUCGUGCCGAAGCUGAUCGAAGUGCUGAGCGACUCGCACACGAAGGUGCAGGAGGCCGGCGCCGAGGCUCUGAAGGUGAUCGGCAGCGUCAUCCGCAACCCGGAGAUCCAAGCCAUCGUGCCGGUGCUGUUGAAGGCGCUGCAGGAUCCUUCGCACAAGACCGCGACCUGCCUGCAGACCCUACUGGACACCCAAUUCGUCCACUUCAUCGACGCGCCCUCGUUAGCUCUGAUCAUGCCCGUGGUGCAGCGCGCUUUCCUCGACCGCUCGACCGAGACGAGGAAGAUGGCCGCGCAGAUAAUCGGCAACAUGUACUCGUUGACAGACCAGAAGGACCUGACCCCGUACUUGCCGACCAUAAUCCCAGGGCUGAAGACGAGCCUGCUGGACCCCGUGCCCGAGGUGCGCAGCGUGUCGGCGAGAGCGCUGGGCGCGAUGGUGCGCGGCAUGGGAGAGUCGAGCUUCGAGGACCUGCUGCCUUGGCUGAUGCAGACCCUCACCUCGGAGAGCAGCAGCGUCGACAGGUCCGGCGCCGCCCAGGGUCUCUCGGAGGUGGUGCGCGGCCUGGGGGUCGAGAAGCUCCACAAGCUCAUGCCCGAGAUCAUCAGCACCGCGGAGAGGACCGACAUCGCGCCUCAUGUCAAGGACGGCUACAUCAUGAUGUUCAUAUACAUGCCGAGCGCCUUCACCACGGAGUUCACGCCGUACAUCGGCCAGAUCAUCAAUCCCAUCCUCAAGGCUCUCGCCGACGAGAACGAGUACGUGCGGGAGACCGCGCUGAGAGCCGGCCAACGCAUCGUUACCCUCUACGCGGACUCGGCGAUAAUGCUGCUCCUGCCGGAGCUGGAGAAGGGCCUCUUCGACGACAACUGGCGUAUCCGUUACUCGUCCGUGCAGCUUUUGGGCGACCUGCUCUACAGGAUCUCCGGAGUGUCCGGCAAGAUGUCGACCGAGACCGCGAGCGAGGACGACAACUUCGGCACCGAGCAGUCGCACUACGCCAUCAUAAACGCCCUGGGUGCCGAGAGGCGGAAUCGUGUGCUGGCAGGCUUAUACAUGGGUCGCUCGGACGUCGCUCUGAUGGUGCGGCAAGCGGCCCUUCACGUCUGGAAGGUUGUGGUGACGAACACGCCGCGGACCCUGCGGGAGAUAUUGCCCACACUGUUCACGCUCCUGCUGGGGUGUUUGGCGAGCACCAGCUACGACAAGAGACAAGUGGCCGCUAGAACGUUGGGCGACCUGGUGCGCAAGCUGGGAGAGAGAGUCUUGCCGGAGAUCAUUCCGAUCUUGGAGAAGGGUCUGCAGAGCGAUCAGGCCGAUCAACGGCAGGGAGUGUGCAUAGGUCUGUCGGAGAUUAUGGCCAGCACCAACAAAGAUAUGGUCUUGACCUUCGUCAUCAGUCUCGUGCCGACGGUGAGAAAAGCGCUCUGCGACCCGUUGCCGGAGGUUCGUCAGGCUGCGGCCAAGACCUUCGACGGUUUGCAUUCCACGGUAGGCGUACGCGCCCUCGACGAUAUAUUGCCGGCCAUGUUAACGCAAUUGAACUCGCCGGACCCGGCCGAGGCGGAGAACACGUUGGACGGCUUGCGCCAAGUGAUGGCGAUCAAGUCGCGCGUCGUGCUGCCGUAUCUGGUCCCGCAGUUAGCCUCGCCGCCGGUUAACACGAAAGCACUCUCGAUACUGGCCAGCGUGGCAGGUGAAGCAUUGACACGGUUCCUUCACAGGAUCUUGCCAGCAUUACUCACUGCUCUUUCCAGUGCUCAAGGGACCGCGAAUGAGCUGCAGGAGCUCGAAUACUGUCAAGCGGUCGUGCUUUCCGUUACCGACGAAGUAGGCGUUAGGACCGUGAUGGAUCAGUUGAUGGAGGCCACGAGGGCGGAGGACCUCUCGAAACGGCGCAGCGCCGCUACGUUGCUCUGCGCGUUCUGUCGCGACACUCGCGCGGAUUACAGUCAAUAUGUGCCACAGUUGUUGCGCGGUCUGAUCCAUUUGUUCACCGACGAGGACAAAGACGUGCUGCAGAUGAGCUGGGAGGCGCUCACCGCCGUGACCAAGACUCUGUCGUCCGAGCAGCAGAUAGCGCACGUACAAGACAUCAGGCAAGCUGUCCGAUUCGCAGUGUCCGAUCUGAAAGGUCAAGAACUGUUACCCGGAUUCUGUCUUCCCAAGGGAAUCACGCCAAUCCUACCGAUCUUCCGAGAGGCUAUACUGAACGGUUUACCAGAUGCGAAGGAACAUGCCGCUCAAGGAUUGGGAGAAGUCAUAAGGUUGUCGAGUGCGUCCGCGUUGCAGCCGAGCGUGGUGCAGAUCACCGGUCCGCUCAUUCGAAUCCUCGGCGAUCGUUUCAACUGGAGCGUCAAGGCGGCCGUGCUCGAGACGCUCGCGAUAUUGCUUGGAAAGGUCGGUGUCAUGUUGAAACAAUUUUUGCCGCAACUGCAAACCACCUUCCUGAGGGCGUUGAACGACAGCAACCGACAAGUCAGACUGAAGGCGGCGUACGCUCUCAGUAACCUGAUCGUCAUCCACACGCGUGUAGAUCCCUUGUUCACCGAACUUCACACCGGUAUCAAGACGGGCGAUGAUCCGGCGAUAAGGGAAACAAUGCUGCAAGCUCUCAGAGGCGUGUUAACACCAGCUGGCGACAAGAUGACCGACCCGAUGAAGAAGCAGGUAUUCGCAACGCUCAGCAGUAUGCUGAGUCAUCCGGAGGACGUGACAAGGAACGCGGUCGCUGGUUGCUUCGGCGCCCUGCUGCGCUGGUUAAGCCCGGAACAGCUGGCGAUUGCGUUCAACGAUCAUCUCUUAUGUAACGACGUCAGUGCCGACUGGAUGCUCAGACACGGACGUUCGGCCGCGCUCUUCGUAGCGCUGAAGGAAUCCCCCGGCACGGUGUACAAUCCCAAGGAGAAGGAUCGCGUGUGCGCGGUGAUACUCUCGUAUUUGGCCGCGGACAGAGUGCAGAUAGUCAUGAACGGUGUGAGAGCGUGCGGGUAUCUGUUUCAGUAUCUCAUGAACGAGGCGCAGCCUGUACCCCAGCAGAUCCUGUCGCCCUUCGUCAGGUCAAUGAACAACAAUAGUAACGACGUGAAACAGUUGCUUGCUCGAGUCUGCAUUCACCUCGCGCGCAACAUACUGCCCGAAAAGAUGUCGCCCGAGCUGCUCAGGUCACUCCUACCGAUGCUGGUGAACGGAACAAAAGAGAAGAAUGGAUAUGUCAAAGCCAAUAGCGAACUCGCGCUUAUCGCGGUGCUCCGACUUCGGCAAGGUGAAGAGGAACACCAGCGAUGUAUGGCUUUCUUGGAUGCUGGUGCAAGGGAGUCUCUGUCCGACGUGGUCAGCAAAGUGUUGCGCAAGGUUCUCUCUCAACCGGAAGGCAAAAUAGAGGAACUAGAUGACACAUUACUCACGUGAGAGACGUUGUACUUCCCGAGUCUUACUACGCACUAUAUCCAUCUGAAUAACCGUACUACUACUCUAUGUCAUUAUUCACUCGAUCCUUACCGAGAGGUGUAUCGUUCAUGUAUUAGUUACAUUAUGAACAAGCUAGCUCGUUCAUUGUAUCUCGAUAAGCAAUUAAAGAACGUGAAACGUA